ACUGACUGUCAACACAGCGGAUUUCCUUGCGGAUUGACCGAAUCUGCAUUUGAGUGUAGCAGUUCGCGGUGCAACACGUUUUGUUUAAACUGUACGGCAUUCAGAAUAGCGCAAUGUUGUCUUCUGGAAGAAGGAUAAUAUUUACCGGGUUAAAGCAACACAGGUUGCAAAUAACUGCGAGAAGUAUAUCAGUUCAGAAUGAACCGAUUUAUGACUUUACUCCUGGAUCAAAAGAAAGACAAGAUGUUUUGGAUGCUUUGAAAUUAGUUGAAUCUCGUGUUGAAGACAUACCUAUUGUUAUUGGCGGUGAACAUGUUAAAACAAACGACAUUCAUUAUCAAGUCUCGCCGUAUGACCACAAGCAAAAAAUUGCAAAGUUUUGUUAUGCUUCUUCUGACCUCAUAAACAAAGCUAUUGAAAACUGUCUUUCUGUUCGGGCUGAAUGGGAAAGAAAACCAGUUGAAGAUAGGGUUCAAGUAUUUUUAAAAGCAGCUGAUAAAAUUGCUGGAGAAAAAAGAGCAGAAGUGUUGGCUACUACAAUGGCGGGACAGGGUAAAAGUAUCAUACAAGCAGAGAUUGAUGCCGGUCCGGAGUUGGUGGAUUUCUUCAGAUUUAAUGCAAAAUAUGCCCUGGAUAUGGUUCAAGAACAACCUAUUAGUCCAAGUCCAGAUGUAUAUACGAAUACCACAGAAUACAGGGGCCUUGAAGGAUUUGUUGCUGCUAUAUCACCUUUCAACUUCACAGCAAUUGGGGGAAACUUAGCUGGAAGUCCUGCAAUGAUGGGAAAUGUUGUACUGUGGAAACCAAGUGACACAGCUAUGUUGUCAAACUGGUCUGUUUACAAAAUAUUAGAAGAGUGUGGACUACCCCCUGGUGUUAUACAGUUCUUGCCUGCUGAUGGACCAACCUUUGGUGACACAAUUACGGCUUCUGAGCAUCUCGCUGGCAUAAAUUUUACAGGGAGUGUCCCGACAUUCAGUCGUUUGUGGAAGCAAGUUGGAGAAAAUCUUCACAAAUACAGAACAUUUCCAAGGCUGGGAGGUGAAUGUGGAGGAAAAAAUUUCCAUUUCAUAAAAUCUGGAGAUAUUGAAAACAUUGUCAAUGGAACUAUCCGUUCAGCGUUUGAAUACAGUGGUCAAAAAUGUUCUGCAUGUUCUCGGGCCUAUAUUGCUGAAUCUAUGUGGCCAAAAGUAAAAGAAGCUCUUGUUGAGGCGCAGAAGAAAUUAAAAAUAGGGAAUCCAUCAGAUCUCAGUGUUUUUAGUUCAGCCGUGAUUGAUGGAAACUCGUUUGAGAGAAUUCGUUCUUAUCUAGAGCACGCUCAUCAAUCACCUGAUAUUGAAGUAUUAGCAGGCGGAACUUGUGACGAUUCAAAAGGUUAUUUUGUGCAACCUACGAUUCUUCUGUCUAAAAAUCCAGAUGAAAAACUCAUGAAAGAGGAAAUUUUUGGGCCUGUUCUCACAUGUUAUGUUUACAAAGACUCCGAUUACAAAGAUGUUUUAAAGUUAAUUGAUAGUACUUCACCAUAUGCUCUGACCGGAUCUAUAUUUUGCGACGAUGAAACUGUUAUUGAUGAGGCAAAAGAAGUGUUGCGUAAUGCUACUGGAAACUUGUAUAUAAAUGAUAAAUCAACAGGAUCCGUCGUUGCACAGCAAUGGUUCGGGGGAGCGAGGAAAUCUGGCACCAAUGACAAGCCCGGUGGUCCAUAUUAUCUUGUCAAAUGGGUGUCACCUGUUGUUGUGAAACGAACCUUUCAACCAUUGAAAGAUUGGUCUUAUCCAUCCAUGGUAGACGGAAGAUAAUGAAUUAACUUGGUUUCAAUAUAAUCGUACCGUUAUCAAUCCAACUUCCGAAGAGCAAUAUUUAUUCAAUAUAAAAGUUUCAGAUUUUAUUCUUUCUAAUGAAAUUAUAGAAGCUAUGUCAACAAAAGUUCCCUAUUAUGUUUGUAAAUGUUUGGUGUAUUGGUGUCUUUUUUUUAAAUGGGCUCCAUGGAUAAUGAGCUUGCAAUCAUUGUGCCACUUGCCAUGGGUCCCAACUGAGUGUAUAUAAGACCAUUUGGAGAAACUAAACCAAUCCUUAAACAAACUUGACAUGACCCAAAUAUCGCAUCAUUCUUGACAAAGAUAUUGUAAUCAACUGAAAAUUCUCCCAAUAGAGAAUCAAGGUAAUGAAAAGUGGAUUCUAUAAUCCGACUCAAAAUGUGUAGCAACGAAGUCUGUGUUGUGUCUGAAUGGUUUUACCUAUGUAUUUGUUGUUUAAUAUUGUUAGAGUUAUGUAAAUUUGUAUCCUGUAACAAAACUCUGUGUCCUUGUGGGAAGGUGUCUAAAUUUUUACCACAUUGCUUGAUGUCCAGACUGAUCAACUGCUAAGUGUCAAAUAGAUUUUUUUUUCAAUAAAUAACUCAUAUUAUUGUAA